CAACCGCCUCACCGACGUGACGACGGACGCCAUGGACGAGCAGCUGGACAUCAAGCCCUUCUUGUCCCCGAUCACCGCCACCCCCAUCCAGCGGGGCCUCCACGGGCCCAGCACCUUUCAGGCGACGGCGUUGCCACCGCAAACGCAGGCGCAAGCCGCGUGCGUGCUCAACCGGGCCGCUUCGGAGUUGUCGGGUGGCAUCGGCUAUCGGACCAGCGGCGCUGACGAGGCACUCGAGGGCACCUCGGCGCGUCGUCCUUGCCCUGCACCACGGUUAAGCAGGAAGUUCUGGAGUGCCGGCGAUUAUGACGCGGGCGCCGGGAGCUCUGCGCCGCAGCCUCAGACUGUGCAGAAUCGCAUGUGCGUCCAUCCUGAAUUUCUACACUCCAACGCCACUUCGCACAAAUGGCCAUUUGGAGCCGUGGCGGAGUUGUUGGACAACGCGGUUGAUGAGAUAGAAACUGGUGGUGCUACAAGAAUAUUGGUGGACAAAGUCAUCGACAACCGGAACGGAUCACCAGCUUUACUAGUUCAAGAUGAUGGUGGAGGCAUGGAUCCUGAUUCCUUGAGGCGUUGCAUGAGCUUUGGAUUUUCAGAGAAACAAUCAGGAUCCUCGAUUGGACAAUAUGGAAAUGGAUUCAAGACUAGCACAAUGCGGCUCGGGGCAGAUGCUAUUGUUUUCAGCCGCUGCACAAAGAGCGGUGGGCCUACACAGUCCAUUGGUCUCCUGUCCUACACUUUCUUGGUGGAAACUGGCCAGACAGAUGUUGUAGUUCCUGUGGUGGAUUACAAAUGCAAUCUAUUAAGAGGGCAAACUACACGACUGGAGCGGCAUGGUUCAGAGCAGUUUUCCUCAAAUUUGGCAGUGUUGCUGAAAUGGUCCCCUUUUGCAACAGAAGAAGAGCUGAUGCAGAAUUUCACAGACAUUGGUCCACAUGGCACCAAGAUUAUAGUGUUCAAUUUAUGGUCCAAUGAUGACGGUAAUUUGGAGCUCGACUUUGACACAAACCCAGAGGAUAUUAUGAUUAGUGGCGCGCCAAAUCCAGAAGAAUUUUGUACGGCUGUGAAAAGGGCUAAUGAAAAUCAUUUGGCUAAUCGAUUGCGCUAUUCUCUUAGGGUCUACGCUUCUGUCUUGUAUCUGCAUCUACCAGAUUACUUCAGGAUCAUACUUCGUGGGCAAGAAAUUAAGCGUCACAGCAUUGCUGCUGAUAUAAUAUACCCUGAAUGCAUCAGUUAUAAGCCCCAAAUUUGCAGUAGACAAGAGGCUGAGGUUCUUACAACCAUUGGAUUCUUAGAUGGAGCUCCAACUAUUAGCGUGCACGGAUUUAAUAUCUAUCAUAAGAAUCGCCUUAUUUUGCCGUUUCAUCGAGUUCUGAGUUCUGCGAGCAGUAAGGGUAGAGGCGUCGCUGGAGUACUGGAGGCGGACUUCAUCAAGCCCACUCAUGACAAACAGGACUUUGAAAAGUCGCAGCUGUUUCAGAGGCUGAUGAACCGCUUGAAAGACAUGACUAACGAGUACUGGGAUAUUUAUUGUCACAAGAUUGGAUACGUGAAAACACCACGUGUGCGUGCAGCUCCCGUUCCUCGUGCUCCUCCAGCAGUGCUGCCAAUAGAGAAUGGCCCUGCUGAACCAUCAGAGGGGAGUGCACCUGCUCCUGUGGUUUCGGUGCCACCCUUGAGGUCCGACAGCACCUACGUGAAUGCAGUUCCAAUUGCUGUUGCGCCUGCUAGUUUUCGCGCAGCACCUGCUGGAACAGAGGGUGCUGCACCAAGAACUCCUACUGGUUACUCCCCGCCAGUCACGCAGACCACGCAAGUCAACCAAACGACCUCAUCUUCCACCGCUCCUGGCACUGAUUUGGGUGCGACAAGAAAGAGGAAGAAUGACGAUGAAGCUCCGACGGCUUCGUUUAAAAAGCAGGACACGCAUGAUUUGGCUGGCAGCAGCUCCGCUAAUGAUCAGGUAUGCCAAUACAUGGGAGAGCGAGAGCUCAAGGAAAUUUCCUUCUUGAAGCUGGAGAAUCGGAUGCUCCGUGAAGAGUGCUCGCAUUUUGAGAUGGCAGAGAAGGAGCUGCUGGCCAAGGAACAGAAUCUGCGGCUCGAGAUUGAGAAGGCCCAGGAGCAAUACAAGAUCCUGCUGAACGAGUACGUUUCGGUUGAAGCGGCUCCGACACCGAAACGAAAACGAGUACCGUAGGCAUGUUUGUUUCUCUGGAGUCACCCCGUCGCGAUUUUGUCGUGCUGGCUCCUUGCUCUCUUCGACGCUGCGCACGAGGCGGUGGUGCUUUCGGACGGCCGGUGUUAGGGGGCACAGUCGAACGGUGUGUGCCCGUGAGCAAACGAAGCUCAGAAAGCACGUCCUGGUGUUUCUUCUCCGUGGUUGCAUGUGUCGAGGAACUUGAGCUUUGUAUGUGAUUUGUAAUUUUGUACAGACUAAGGGUGCGUUUGGUAAAG